AUGGGAUUGGAUUCUCCUUCAGGUGGUCAUAUGAGUCAUGGGUAUUACACACCAGGUGGAAAGAAAGUCUCUGGUGUGUCUAUAUUCUUUGAGAGUUUUCCAUAUAAGGUUGAUCCUCGUAUAGGGUAUAUUGAUUAUGAUAAGCUUGAGGAGAAGGCGCUUGAAUAUCGUCCCAAGAUACUUAUUUGUGGAGGGUCCCUCCCUAGGUUUAGGCAUGUUGCAGACAAAUGUGGACAUGUUCUUAUGUUUGACAUGGCACAAAUUAGCGGUCUUUUGGCUACCAAGGUGAUUGAAAAAGGGAAAAAGAAGGCCACAAAGUUCCGAAAUAUCAAACUGCAUAGGGUUAGCGACAAUCCUUUGCCUACUGAAAAGUUCACUGCCUCAAACUGGCCCUCAAUUGGUGGAGAUACUUUGAAAGCCUUAGCUGGGAAAGUCUCGGCAGAUUAUGACUUUAUAGAGACCGUUGAAGAUGAUUCUCUAGAAAAAAGUAGUCAAGAUGAUACAACUGUUGAAUCAGACACAUCUGCUUUUGGAAUAGCAUUUGAUCCGUUUGGAGGGAGUGAAAGUGGAAAGGAGGCAUGCCAUGCAAUUGCUUCAUUAUGUCAAGGAAGUAAUGUGUCAGGCAAAGAUAGUCGUGUCCACUGCUCCCUGAAUAUUAACACCGCAACUGUGCACCUAUCAGCUAGAGGGCCAAAUUUGCGGGUACAUGGCGUGAACUUAACCUAA